GCAUAAUGCGAAUCAUUAUACUCCGUCUCUCUUUCUGUCACUCGACGCGAGAGCCAUGGCCGUUUCUCUCUCCCCAAUCCCUCCCAAACCCCCCUUCGCUUUCUCUCUCUGAAACUUCCUACCUUCCUGACUCUCUCUCUCCCUCUCCCAUUCAUACCUAUGCGGAUACAUUGAUGUACUUAUACUCUGACCGGAGAUUGCUUUAUGUAUUGUUGUCAAUAGAAACCGUAAUUCUUCGAGAAAAGACCGCCCCUAAGGAAUGGCGAUUGUUACCGGGGAUCGGUACCUGGAGAAGUUGGUGGAAUUCAUCGAGGGGCAGACCGGUCCGCUGCUUGAAGUUUCCGUCGUGCUGAAGCUCAACCCGGCGGGCUUGCACUACGUGCAGUCGCGGCUAGAGGCGCUGAAAGAGCUGGAGAGCCUGCUCGCCGGUACGCCCGUGGACUACCUCCGCGCCUACGUGUCGGACCUCGGAGACUACCGCGCGCUAGAGCAGCUCCGCCGGAUUCUCCGCCUUCUGCCCUCGCUUAAGGUAGUCUCCACUCUCCCACCGCCGUCUCGGGACCCCACGCCGCUGUCGUUGCGCCCCUUCGGUAGGCUUAAGGUUCUGGAGCUCAGAGGCUGUGAUUUGUCCACCACCGCGGCCCGAGGGUUGUUAGAGUUGAGGCACACCUUGGAAAAUAUCAUAUGCUACAAUUCCACGGAUGCUCUACGGCAUAUUUUUGCUAGUAGAAUUGCUGAGAUAAAAGGCUCUCCCCUAUGGAACCGGUUGUCCUUUGUUUCGUGUGCAUGUAAUGGCCUGGUUCUAAUGGACGAGUCUUUGCAACUUCUUCCUGCUGUUGAAACUCUUGAUCUUAGCCGCAACAAGUUUGCAAAAGUGGAUAACCUUCGCAAGUGUGCCAAAUUGAAGCACCUGGAUCUUGGUUUUAAUAACCUUAGAUCAAUUUCAUACUUCAGGGAGGUCUCCUGUCGUAUUGGUAAACUUGUUUUGAGGAACAAUGCUCUAACCACGUUGCAUGGAAUUGAGAAUUUGAAGUCACUCGAAGGGCUUGAUGUUUCCUACAACAUUAUUUCCAAUUUUUCAGAGAUAGAUUUCCUUGUGUGCCUUCCAUCUCUACGAAGCUUAUGGUUGGAAGGAAAUCCAUUAUGUUGUGCCAGAUGGUAUAGAGCGCAAGUAUUCAGCUAUUUUACUCAUCUAGAUAAAUUGAAGUUAGAUGACAAGCACAUGAGCAACAGAGAGUACUGGCAACGGCAAAUUAUUAUUGCCAGCAGGCAGAAGCGACCUGCCACCUUUGGCUUUUAUUCUCCUGCAAAAGAUGAAGCUAAAGAAGAGGGGCGGAACAUUAACCAAAAGAGGAGAAAGGCAUCCCGUCUUGUUUUUCUUGAGAAUGAAGAAGAGAACACGUGUAUGUAUUCUGACCCAGAGUCGGUGUCAUGUGAUGCUGAGAUUCGAAGCAGAGAGGAGAGUGUUCUGUCUGAUGCUGAAGCUGAAAUUGCUGAUUUGAUGAAUAGGGUUGAACUCAUGAAGAAAGAGCGUUCCAUUCUUUGGUUACGUGAGUUUAGGGUGUGGAUGGAUCAUGCUUCUGAGAAUUUUGUGGAAAUAACUAAACCUACUGCGAAAACAAUGCAUAAUGAAAAGGAGAAUUAUACAAAAAAAAGGUCAAGUAAAAGGUAUCUUGGCGAUAGUUCGAGAUAUGUCUCUGACUCUGUUCUAGCUUCUGGAGAUGAUAGUGGUACAAAUAUUUUAGAAUCUGAUAACUCCUUAGCAGAUAUGUCUAUUGUUUUGCCUGCUAAUCAAUACUUUACCCAAGUUAGUUCACUGGGGAAUGGUGGUGGGGUUUUUCUGGCUGGGGGAAUUGAUCUGAAAGAGGAGCAUCAGCAAUUUACAAGUUCCCACUCUGAUAUUUUUGCCAUCCAAGGUGCUCAUGGGGUGGUUGAAAAUGUCAUCAUAUCACCAUUAUCAGCCAUUGAUGAUAUAUCAGCGUCUCAUUCGUCUUCUGCUUACCCUGGAUCUCCCCCUCAUUAUCAAGAGGGCAUUCUUCAUCGUCGCCACACCUUAGUCAAGGAAAUUUUGCAGCUAUCCGCAGAUUCUUAUUCGGUGGCAUCAUCGGAUAGUAAUACCAGCUGUAAUGAUGAUGAUUUCUGUAAAUCAAUAUCUGCAGUUGAUAAGUCACUGAAUGAAUCUUAUCUUAGGAAUAUUGAAGAGCACUCAUCUUCAAUUGAUUUUGAGGAUAAGGAUUUUGACCAAAGACAUGAAAUUCCUCAUGUAAGAGAAAAUGGUAUAUCUUAUUCAUGUGAUGACCAAACCUCCAGAAUGCAGAAAUCUCCAAAUUCAGAACAGUUCCACCAUUCACACAACAAUGAUUUUCCUACUGCUGCUACUCUAGAUGAUGGACUUUCUCAAAUUUACAACCAAGAGGCUGAUUAUUUGGAGAAGAGAAAAGGCAAAAGGAAAUCAAAGAAAAGAGUGAUACCACUAGAAGGGGAGAAAAAUGUGGUUAGCAAGAAAGAGUCGUUUUUUAAAUCUAAUGGCAAUUUGGAUAUUCAUGGAGCUGAACAGACUUGGACAAAUGCAAUUGUAACCCCACCAAUGGAUGAUGCUCAUAAAUUCCCUGGGUCUAGGUGCUCAUCACUUGGGGAUGAUGGUUUUGUUGAGAACUAUUUCAAUACAAAUAUUGCAGAUCCCAGCAUGCAUGAAACUUGUCAGCAGUAUAUGCAUUGUGAUUGUGUACUUGUUCCUCAAUCCAAGUAUAGAGAGAGAUGCAGAGAGGUGGGUCUGGUGCUUAGCAGUGAAAACAAGUUGUAUGUUCUGUUCAUUGGUGUCGCAGGUGAUCAAUCAGGUCAGGAUAUGAUUGCAGGAACUAUCAUAAGUUUAGCAGGUUGCCACAAAGUUGAAGAUAUUACAGAGGUGUCAGUUGGUCUCGGACUUCAGGUUGUGAGGUUGUACAUUGACAGGGAUUCAGAGUACCUGUUUAUAACUAGAAGCAUCGAAAAGUCAAGGCAAUUAAUUAGUACCUUCAAAGUUUUGGAUUCUUCUGUGGCAAAUGAUAACUGUUCUUUACAAAGUUUGGAGCAGGUUCAGGUUGAGUUGUUUGAGAAACAAAUUUGUGGAGGUUCAAAAGUGAACUUAUACCAAUAUUCUAUGGUGCUAUUCUGGUGCAACCACAAUGGAGAGGAUAUAUGGCUUUCAAGAUCACUAUUUGUGAUGGGAAUGCAUAUGCUUGUGUGUGUUGAAGACCUUGUGCACUUCAGCUCCCUUUCGGUGGAUUCAUCUUGGCCCCCAUAUUUCUCACUCGAUUCAUGUUGCUCCAUUGUCGACUUAUCUGAGAUGGUCAUUGAGGCUAGAGAGAGGCUGUGUGUGACAUUAGCUCUUAAGCGUGAUGCAUCAGAGUUCUUCCCCUCUGCCAAAGCUGGCAAGUCAGCUAGCAAUUAUGAAAAGACAGGUCCAAGCUCUGUAACAUGGAAGCUCAGGUGGUUCUCCAUAGAGAGUCUGCUCAAUUUUGUGGCAUUGGUGAAGGCAAUCCAUGCAGGAACAUCAUUGUCUCCUUUGCAUGUAAGAUGUAUACCAUGAAGCCUUUUUGUUUCUUAUGUUUUGUUUGUUUUCUAUUCAUUUCAUUAUUAUUAUUAUUUUUAUUUUUA